UAAAGUGCUCGGCGAGUGUUUGUACAGUACAUAUCCACCCACUGGACAUGGAUACAGCACAGCCAUUUAGCCCGUUUUGUUUAAAAACAGUGAAUAUCUUCUAGGAUUAGCUUUGCUAGUUUUACUUGCUAAUUGACUUUGAAUCAAAUAUCAACAUCGUUGGCCCUAAAUUUUCAAAUCAGCUAAUUGUUUCAGCACUUUGAGGGUUUUGUUCAAUGCGUGAAGAGUUAUGAUGUGAUUCAGAACAGUUCAUCGCACCGAACAUCAGUUUUAUUACUACCUCAACCGAGGAAUUUUAUGUUUUCACCCGUGUUUGUCGGUGAGUUUGUCAGCAGGAAAACAAACCAACAAACACGAUUGCACUGAACCCUGGUGGUGGGAUGGUGGAUAUGAAUCAUUUACUAUGAAACUGAGUUUUUUCUUCUGAAGUCUGGUGCGUGUUGUUUGACACUGGCCUUGGCGGAGGUCUGCGCUCUGCUGAGUGCCCUUCUAGUUUCAAAUGUGAUGAUCCAGAUCCUGAAGGACAUGGGGAUCACAGAGUACGAGCCCCGGGUCAUCAACCAGAUGCUGGAGUUCACCUACAGAUACGUGACGACCAUCAUCGAGGACGCCAAAAUUUACGCUACACAUGCCAAGAAGUCCAGCGUGGACGCCGACGACAUCAAACUGGCGAUCCAGUGCCGCAUGGACCAGUCGUUCACCUCACCGCCACCGCGAGACUUCUUGCUGGAGGUUGCGAGGCAGAAGAACCAGGCUCCUCUCCCGCUGAUCAAACCCUACACCGGACCUCGACUUCCCCCAGACCGCUACUGUCUGACCGCCCCCAACUACAGACUCAAGUCUAUACAGAAGAAGGUGUCGUCGUCCGCCGGCAGGAUAUCGGUGCCUCGCCUCAGCGUCAGCUCCGUCUCCAGCAGACCGACCACGCCGACCCUCGGAACUGCGUCUGUCCAGUCCGUCACCACUAAAGUCGGAGCUCCGGUGUCUCUGACGGGUCAGAGGUUCACCGUGCAGAUCCCACCGCCCUCCCAGACGGCCACCACCAAAACCACGACGCCGUCCACGCCGGCCGUCUCCAACGUCCUCAUCAACCCGUCUCUGAUCGGCUCCAAAAACAUCCUCAUCACCACCAACAUGGUGUCGCAGAACACCGGCGGGGAGUCGCUGAAGAGGAAGCACGAGGACGAGGACGACUACGACACUUUAUGACGGCGAGACUGAAGACGCCGCCGCCGCCGCCGCCUCUUUUUAAAAUCACCUUCCUAUAAAAAAAUAACAUAAGAGACUGACCCCAGCUACUGUUCUCACUAGAAACUUUGGAUCAGGGCUCAUUCAGAACCCCGUUGUGUUAGUUUAAGUUUUCUAGAACAUUUGUUUAACCAGAGAGGAGGCCUCCGCCUGUUCCCACUGGGAGUUUACCAGUAAAACCAGUCUGCCGUGAGGUGUUAAAGCUGGACUGUGGAUUCAAACCGACGCGCCGGAAGCUUCAGUAGAGCGGAGGAAACCUGCUCUGAUGUGAUUUACAAUAAACUGCAUUAAAACGAC